AUGGCUGUGAGGACCACAAUAGAGCUUGGUGUAUUUGACAUCAUAGCCAAAGAAGGCGAAGGUGCAAAGCUCUCAGCAAAAGACAUUGUGGAUCGCAUUGGAAGCAACAACCCUGAAGCAGAAUCAAUGUUGGAUCGUGUUCUCAGGCUUCUUGCAAGUCACUCAUUACUGUCUUGUUCUGUAGUUGAAGAUCCAGAAAGCUCUAAUAACUUGCAUCACAGGCUACUGUAUAGCCUCUCACCUGUUUCCAAAUACUUUGUGACUGAUGCUGAUGGUGAGUCUUGGGGACCCUCUUUGGCGCAUCUGCUGGAUAAAGUCUUAUAUCCAUGCUGGGGUGAACUGAAAGGAGCAAUCUUAGAAGGAGGUAUACCAUUCAACAGGAUUUAUGGUAUGAAUGUGUUCGAGUAUGCAAAUAUUGAUCCACGGUUCAACGAGGUUUUCAACAAAGCUAUGCUCACAUCCUCCACUAUAUCAAUGAAGAGGAUUCUUGAUGUCUACAAAGGCUUCGACCACAUCAAUAAACUGGUUGACGUUGGUGGCGGUCUUGGGGCCACUCUCAACUUGAUCACUUCUAAAUACCCUAAUAUCCAGGGUGUCAACUUUGAUUUGCCUCAUGUUAUAGAAAAUGCUCCCAUCUAUGCUGGUGUGGAGCACAUAGGCGGAGAUAUGUUCGAGAGCGUUCCCAACGGGGAUGCCAUUUUUAUUAAGAACAUACUUCAUGAUUGGGAUGACGAAGAAUGCUUGAAGAUAUUAAAAAAUUGCCAGAAGGCUAUACCGAAUGAUGGGAAGGUGAUUGUGGUGGACAAAGUUCUUCCUGCAGUGCCAGAGCAGACAGAUCUUGCUAAGAUGGCUUUCAGGUCUGAUGUUUUCAUGAUGAUUCAAACGCCAAAAGGGAAGGAACGAACCCAUCAAGAUUUCAUGCAUUUGCCCAAAGCAUCUGGGUCAUGGAGUUCUUCAACCAGUAGCCACACCACAAACCUUCAAAUGUCUUAG